AUGAAGUUGAUCCUCUCUACCUCCAAUAUCAUGAAGGGCGGCCGACCCGUCAUUCGCCAGCCGCUCACACAAAAGUCCAACGUCGAGUUGAUCAACUCUCUUCGCUCGAACUUUGUCGCUUCCCAGCAGAUCGAUUCCAACGGCUCCACAAAUGGCGAUGCGAAUGGACCUCGUUCCAACCGACAGGACUAUAAGUCAUGGACCACGGUCCAGGACGGAGCGCUCUACAUCCCCGCGAUUGAUUUUUCGCAGCCCGGUCUGGCCGAGGAGCGCGAUCAGUACGAUAUCACUGUAAAAUUGUUCUACUUGCCGGGAAUCCCGGUGUCGAGACGAUGCGCACACACCCGCGAGGCGAUUGACUUGGUAUUGAAGGAACUACAUGUGAAAUCUAUUGAUUUGCUCAUCGUGUCGUUUCCCGGAAUCUUGUUCGAUGCCGAUGACGACAGCGAAGACGAGGAGGCCUCGCUCACCGGAGAGCCGGAUGACUUCGAUAGUAUGGUACAGACAUGGCGGGUGUUAGAAUCUCUUCACAAGCAGGGCAUGAUCGCACAGUUGGGCGUGGCGGAGUUCGGCAGUGAGCGCCUGGCGCGGUUCCUCCCGCACACUCAAGUCAAGCCCUCGGUGGACCAGAUUAAUCUAAAAGACUGCUGUGUCGUGCCCAAGUCUUUGAUUCUCUAUGCUAAGCAGGAGAAGAUUCAGCUUCUGACCCAUAACGACUGCAACGAUAUCCUUCCCGUCGGCACAACGAGAGAGCUCCUUGGACCCACGGAGCAUGGUUCCGGUAUCCUGGCUUCUGCCCCGCAGGCCGAUGAUGGAAUUCAAGGAGAUGUGGAGCCACAGUGGGUGGUGAAGUACACAGCAGUGGUCAAGGAUCGCGGUGUAGUCGAGAACAAAGGAUACUUUGCGCUAGCGGAUGUUGGCACAUGCGUCAAGGACCGGGCGUGA